UGCUCUUCUCUUCUCUCCUUCCCUUCUUCUCCCUUCUUCCCUCCAGAUCUUCCGCCAGCCUCUCCUGCCACAAAGGGCUCCCUUCCCACCCCCUCCCCACUUCUCUAGCAUGGCUCUGGUGGUGGCCCCCUGGCAGGAGGAGCUUCCUGGGGGUCCCCCGGGGGUCCACCCUCCUCCUCCUCCUCCUCCUCCCCUGCCUCCCCUGCCAGCCUCCCAGGAGCCCGGGGUCGGCGGCGGUGGGGGAAGCAACAGCGAAGCCAAGGCGGCCUCGGCGGCCGUGGACUGCCUGGUCUGUGGGGACAAGGCCAGCGGCAAGCACUACGGGCAGUUCACCUGCGAGGGCUGCAAGAGCUUCUUCAAGCGCUCCGUGCGCCGCAACCUCAGCUACACCUGCCGCGCCAGCCGCCAGUGCCCCGUCGACCAGCACCACCGCAACCAGUGCCAGCACUGCCGCCUCACCAAGUGCCUCAAGGUUGGCAUGCGCCGCGAAGCCGUGCAACGGGGUCGCAUGGCCCACCCUCACUCCAGUCCGGGCCAGUUCCCCUUGUCCAAUGGUGACCCAUACAACUGCCAUGCCUACUUGACGGGCUUCAUCUCCCUCCUGCUGCGGGCAGAGCCCUACCCGACAUCCCGCUACGGCGCCCAGUGCCUCCAGCCCAACAACAUCAUGGGCAUAGAGAAUAUCUGUGAGCUAGCCGCCCGCCUCCUCUUCAGUGCCAUCGAGUGGGCCAAGAACAUCCCUUUCUUCCCCGACUUCCAACUGGCCGACCAGGUGUGCCUCCUGCGCAUGACCUGGAGCGAGCUGUUCGUACUCAACGCGGCUCAGUGCUCCAUGCCGCUCCACGUGGCGCCGCUCCUGGCCGCUGCCGGCCUCCACGCCUCGCCGAUGUCUGCCGACAGGGUGGUGGCGUUCAUGGACCACAUCCGCGUCUUCCAGGAGCAGGUGGAGAAGCUGAAAGCCCUCCACGUGGACUCGGCCGAGUAUUCCUGCCUCAAAGCCAUCGCACUCUUUACGCCAGACGCCAUGGGGCUGACGGAUCUGUGCCACGUGGAGAAUGUCCAGGAGAAGUCCCAGUGCGCCCUGGAGGAAUAUGUCCGGAACCAGUACCCCAGCCAGCCCAGCCGCUUUGGGCGCCUCCUCCUGCGCCUCCCCUCUCUGCGCAUCGUCUCGGCCCCCGUCAUUGAACAGCUGUUCUUUGUGCGCCUGGUGGGCAAGACCCCCAUCGAGACCCUCAUCCGGGACAUGCUCCUCUCGGGCUCCAGCUUCAACUGGCCUUACAUCCCCAUGCAAUGAGAGAGAAAGCGGCCGAGAAAGAGGGAGGCUGCGGGGCCCCUGGGAGGGAGGGCAGAGGUUCUCCACCCAGAGCCGGGCCCCGUGGGGCAGCUUGGACUUUAUCGGAGGGCAGACAUUUCUCAGACAGAUUCCAGGCACCUGGGCUCCCCCCCUCCCCCCCCAAAAAAGAUGCCUGAGAGACUGGCAUGAAGCAGGCAGGAUGUGAGGCUGUUUUCCCCAUUUCUGCCUUUGCAAGAACAGAUCCCAACCUCACUAUAUUUAUGCCACUUGACCACAGGCAAAACAAUAACCACUUAAAAAGAAGAAAAAUAACUUAACUGAGGUGACUUUUUUAAAAAAGCCAAUCAUAUUGUUCAUUUUUGCUCUAAAGGAACUCCACGGGGAAACAAGGCCAUGGUGGAUCCUACAUGGGAUGCCUUUUGGUUUUUCAGUUCUGUGACCUUGACAUUUAUUGACACUUCUUCCUCAACCCAUUCUCUCAGCGGUGGAAUGUAUUUUUGGCGGAGUGUCAGAACCUUUGCAACCGGGAGUGUGGACAAUGCAGAGACCUGGGACUGGUGUAGCCUCCACUCACUGUGCAAGGAGAGCCACCCACCGACCCACCCCUCGAGUUUUCAGUUUCUCUUUGGUGUCAGCAUUUAGCGAAAUGGUUGGGGUAACUGAUAAAGAAAGACUUGCCUCUUCGGUCCUAUCUAAGUUGAAGUGCAGGGGUUGUGUCCUUUGUGGCACCCUCCCCAAAACGAGCACCUCAGCGGUGGCCUUCCACCCUCCCCUGUUUAAACAGGAGUUUAUCGCUGGGGAUUUAUCCGUGACUGGCAGAGAUGGGGGUGAGGGCAGUGAUGCCCUGGAGAGGGUGCAAAGUGCCCGCAAUAGGAACACAGACCUCCCAAGAAACAACUCACUGGAGUCCAUUCUUGAAAGAGGAAGAGCUUUGGUGGAUGAGGCUCACUGGGGUGGGGGCGGCGGGGGGGAGGAGAGAGAGCUUUGUUUCUAGAAGAAGAAGAAGAAGAAGAAGGGGCAAAAUGAAAAGACUGUGGAGCUCCCUUAUUCUGAAGGAAAACAUACUAUUUAUAAAAUAAAAUAAACACAGAUUAUAUCCCGUUUCUGUUGCCCUGUUGAGUCCAUUUACAUACUGCAUAUUUCCAGGUUGGUUUG